CUACACUUCAAUUCUCUUCUUCUUCCUUUUCAAAAAAUACAUUUCAAAAAUUUCAUCAAAACUAUAUUCUAAAAACAUUAUACUAAAAUUCUUCUGCAAAAAUGAAGCUGUUAUCUAAGAAAGCUACGUGUAAUACUCAUGGCCAAGAUUCUUCUUAUUUUCUUGGAUGGGAAGAAUAUGAAAAGAAUCCUUAUGAUGAAAUCAAGAAUCCCAAUGGAAUUAUUCAAAUGGGUCUUGCAGAAAAUCAGGUUUCAUUUGAUCUUCUUGAAUCAUGGAUAACCAAUAAUCCCGACGCAGCUAAUUUCAAGAAAGACGGACAAUCCAUUUUUAAAGAGCUUGCUCUUUUUCAAGAUUAUCACGGCCGUCCCGAUUUCAAGAAAGCAAUGGUCGAUUUCAUGGCGGAAAUAAGAGGAAACAGAGUGACAUUUGAUCAAAAUAAGUUGGUUUUGACUGCUGGUGCAACUUCUGCUAAUGAGACUUUAAUAUUCUGCCUAGCUGAGCCAGGCGAAGCAUUUCUUUUACCAACUCCAUAUUACCCUGGAUUUGAUAGAGAUCUCAAAUGGCGAACCGGAGCGGAAAUCGUACCGAUUCAUUGUUCGAGUUCAAAUAACUUCCAAAUCACGGCAUCGGCUCUUGAAGAAGCUUAUCUCGAAGCUCAAAAAAGAAACUUGAAAGUUAAGGGUGUUUUGGUCACAAAUCCUUCAAAUCCAUUAGGCACAACAAUGACCCGUAGUGAAUUAAACCUACUCGUCACCUUUAUUUCCGACAAGAAUAUUCAUCUUAUUAGCGACGAAAUUUAUUCCGGUACCGUGUUCAACACUCCAGGGUUUAUAAGUAUUAUGGAGGUCUUAAAGGAUAAGAAAUUGGAAAAUACUGAAGUUUGGAAUAGGGUUCAUAUUGUUUACAGUCUUUCAAAAGAUCUCGGUCUACCCGGAUUUCGAGUUGGUGCAAUUUAUUCGAACGAUGAUUUAGUUGUUUCAGCCGCAACUAAAAUGUCGAGUUUCGGUUUGGUUUCGUCUCAAACACAAAAUCUUUUAUCGGCUCUUCUAUCCGACAAAAAGUUUACUAAAAGUUACAUUUCUGAAAAUCAAAGACGGCUUAAAAAUCGACAAAAGAUGCUCGUUAAAGGACUCGAAAAAGCCGGUAUCAGUUGUCUGAAAAGCAAUGCCGGAUUAUUUUGUUGGGUUAAUAUGAAACAUUUGUUGAAAUCCAACACAUUUGAAGCAGAAAUGGAGCUUUGGAAGACAAUUGUUUAUGAUGUUAAGUUAAAUAUUUCUCCCGGCUCCUCUUGCCAUUGCACCGAACCUGGUUGGUUUCGUAUUUGUUUCGCUAACUUGUCGGAAGAUACUCUAAAUGUUGCCAUGAAGCGAUUGAAAAAUUUCGUCGAAUCAAUGAGCAACGGUCAAAAUCAAAGUAGUCAUCAAAUGUUGAAAAAUUCAAGAAGAAGGUCUCUCACUAAGUGGGUUUUCCGGCUAUCAUUCGACAACGGCCGUGACCGCGAGCCGGAAGAACGAUAGUCUGGUUUUUGUCGAUUCAUCAUCAUCGUCAUCGUCGUCAAGUCAAGUCAAGUGAAGUGUGAAUUAUUUAUACGUACAAUUCUUUUUUUUCCUCCAAGAUAUUAAUUUGGGUGGAUAAAUUAAUUUUCUUUUUGUAAUAGUAGAAAAAGUGUGCACUCAGAUCCAUUUCAUGAAUAAUGGAUCUUGAAGUGGCUCUUCGUUAAAAUUCUCUCGAAUUCUUCUUAUAUAUGAUGAUCAUAAUGUGAUUAUGA